GCCACCACUACCUGGCGGGGUGGGCAUUUGGAACCUGGACUCCUUAUUGAUGUAACAGCAAUGUCUUAACAUGCAAACUAAACUACCUAGCUGCCUAGGCCUCUAUGUCAAGCUAGGCUGCAAGGUCCCAGGAAUUGCUGCAACAAGCCAAUUCUAAGGUAGGUCAUAACCCCUCUCACUAUCUACCACUGACACAGGCCGCACAUCACUAACCACCCAGAGCAGUUCAAACUCCUUAGUGCCCCAGGACUUCCUAGACCCAGGUCUUACUACCUCUUAGUCAAGGCUGUACUUGGCCACUGCCACUUGUGCACACAUUUCAUAUACUUCAGGCUCUUCAACCCUUAAAUUUCUCCCACCAGUACAGGCUCUCAAGUUACCUGGCAUCCUGCUGAAACUGGCCAUUUUCUACCCUGGCCUCUUAUCCAUAUAGGCUAAGCUUGGCUGCUAUCACCCUGGUCAGGCCUGGUUUCUUGCAGCCUGAACAGUUUCCAUCAAUACAAGUUUCAGAUUAGCUCCAGAUUCGUUAUUUAGAGGGGAAACACGACCCAGAGAGCCUAAGUAGGUCUCACCAGCUCACAACAGGACCAGUCUUGAUCCCAUUCAGUGUGCCUGGCCUUGAAGAGACACUUGCUAAAGCUGACCUGCCCCCUUUCCCUUCAGGUUCUACUGGGGGCCUAGUCCUCAGACUCCUGCCUCCUCAUCCUGUGUCCACUGAGGGUCCUAGCAGGCCAUGCAGCUGUGUCAAGGUGCCUCCAGCAUGGCAGCAGCCGAAGUGCCUGGCUACCUUGUGUCUCCUCAGACCGAGAAGCAUCGACGGGCCCGCAACUGGACAGAUGCCGAGAUGCGCGGCCUCAUGCUGGUCUGGGAGGAGUUCUUUGAUGAGCUCAAGCAGACCAAGCGCAAUGCCAAGGUGUAUGAGAAGAUGGCCAGCAAGCUCUUUGAGAUGACUGGGGAGCGCCGGCUAGGCGAGGAGAUCAAAAUCAAAAUCACCAACAUGACCUUCCAGUACAGGAAAUUAAAAUGCAUGACAGAUAGCGAGUCCGUCCCGCCGGACUGGCCCUAUUACCUAGCCAUUGAUAGGAUUCUGGCCAAGGUCCCUGAGUCCUGUGAGGGCAAACUGCCGGAUGGCCAGCAGCCGGGGCCCUCCACGUCCCAGACCGAGGCGUCUCUGUCGCCGUCUGCUAAGUCCACCCCUCUGUACUUACCGUAUACCCAGUGCUCCUAUGAAGGCCGCUUCGAGGACGAUCGCUCCGACAGCUCCUCCAGCUUACUGUCCCUUAAGUUCAGGUCAGAGGAACGCCCUGUAAAGAAACGCAAGAUGCGGAGCUGUCACCUGCAGAAAAAGAAGCUGCGACUGCUGGAGGCCAUGCUGGAGGAGCAGCGCAGGCUGAGCCGCGCCAUGGAGGAGACAUGCCGAGAGGUGCGCCGUGUGCUGGACCAGCAGAACAUCCUGCAGGUUCAGAGCCUGCAGCUUCAGGAGCGAAUGAUGAGCCUGCUGGAGAAGAUCAUCGCCAAGUCUAACGUCUAGGCCGUGGAGAGGACGCCAGGUGCCACGCAGUCCUAUCUCAAGGCCCACCCAGGCUCAGAGUCCCACCUACCCAGGCAGGUUUCCAGAAAGGGGACAGGCUUCAGCCUGGCCUCUGUGCUUCUCUGAAGGGCUUUCCAGGACCCCAGUGGCAUUGAGAGACCUUGGGACCCCCAUCUCCAGCAUUAAUGCCAGGGACUCCAGGACAAUAGGUAGUGAGGAGGUCUCAGAAGCUCUCCAGUAUAGUCACUAUCUGAUACUUGAAACAGCUUUUGAUAUUAAACAUACUUUCC